AAGGAAGGAGACGCUGCCCUUCUGAAGCGAUGGAGCUCCUGAUCUGCAAAGGCACUUUGGCAUUGGAGUCUCCCUUUAGGAAUAAGAAUGUGACUGUGGCCCUGUGGGCAGCGAGUUGAAGCAUUCCUCCAAGUCAUUCCCAUUGUGGGACUUGGAGUUCCCACUCUGGGGCACUCUCAGCUGCAGCUCUAACCAGGGAUGGCUUUUCGAAGAACUGAAGGCAUGUCCAUGAUCCAAGCUUUGGCCAUGACAGUGGCAGAGAUUCCUGUGUUUCUCUAUACGACCUUUGGACAGUCGGCAUUUUCUCAGCUACGACUAUCUCCGGGUCUUCGGAAGGUGCUCUUUGCCACAGCACUAGGAACAGUGGCCUUGGCUUUGGCUGCCCAUCAGCUGAAGCGGCGUCGGAGACGGAAGAAACAGAUUGCCCCCGAGAAAGGAGGUGGAAAGCCUGGAACUGUUCCUAUCCCCAUCUUCAUGACCAGAAGGCUUCCAUCAGUGAAGAAAGGCUAUUCCAGCCGAAGGGUCCAGAGUCCCAGCAGCAAGAGCAAUGACACUCUGAGUGGCAUUUCCUCGAUUGAACCCAGCAAACACUCAGGCUCCUCUCACAGCCUGGCCUCGAUGGUGGCAGUGAACUCCUCUAGCCCAACAGCCGCAUCCUCGGGGCCCUGGGAUGCUAGAGUGACUGAAGAGUCAGGGGCUGCUGGUGAUGCAAAUGCAGAGAACCUCUAUAUUCAAGGAAUGGAGCUGUUUGAGGAAGCAUUGCAGAAAUGGGAGCAGGCCUUGAGUAUUGGACAGAGGGGAGACAGUACUAGCACCCCCACACUCUGGGACAAUCUCAAGAGUCCAGAGACCAUCUCUGAGGUGCUCUUGGAGCCAGAGUCCCAGAAAAAGGAGUUUGCUGAAAAGCUAGAAUCCCUACUACACCGCGCAUAUCACCUCCAGGAGGAGUUUGGCUCCACAUUCCCAUCAGAUAGUAUGCUCUUGGACCUAGAGAGGACACUCAUGCUGCCUCUGACAGAAGGUUCGCUGAGGCUUCAGGAAGGUGAUGAGGGCAGUCUUUCCUCUGAAGACUCUUUCUUCUCUGCUGCAGAGCUGUUUGACUCCCUGCAGGUGGGAGAUCUCCCUUUCCAGCUCUCCAGGCCAGCUGCAGCAUACGAGGAGGCCUUGCAACUGGUGAAAGAGGGGAAGGUUCCCUGUCGGACACUCAGGACAGAACUUCUGGGUUGCUACAGUGAUCAGGACUUCUUAGCUAAACUGCACUGUGUCCGGCAGGCCUUCCAGGGAAUUCUGCAAGAUGAAAGUAACCAGCUGUUCUUUGGGGAGGUUGGGAAACAAAUGGUGACGGGCCUGAUGACCAAAGCUGAAAAGAAUCCAAAAGGCUUCUUGGAGAGCUAUGAGGAGAUGCUGAGUUAUGCCCUGAGACCAGAGACCUGGCCUACCACACAGCUGGAGCUGGAGGGGCGGGGGGUGGUAUGCAUGAGUUUCUUUGACAUCGUGCUGGAUUUCAUACUCAUGGACGCUUUUGAGGACCUGGAGAACCCCCCCUCCUCUGUGCUUGCUGUCCUGCGCAAUCGUUGGCUCUCUGACAGCUUCAAGGAAACGGCUCUGGCCACUGCCUGCUGGUCAGUUCUGAAAGCCAAGAGGAGGCUUCUGAUGGUGCCCGAUGGCUUCAUCUCCCAUUUCUACUCCGUAUCGGAGCAUGUUAGCCCCGUUCUUGCCUUUGGCUUUCUAGGGCCCAAGCCACAGCUGGCUGAAGUCUGCACUUUUUUCAAGCAUCAGAUUGUGUACUACCUGAAGGACAUGUUUGACCUGGACAACGUGCGCUACACCACUGUGCAGUCGCUAUCAGAGGACAUCCUUCAGCUUUCCCGCCGACGCAGUGAGAUCCUGUUGGGUUACCUGGGAACAGAGCCUGUCCGUGAGAUGAACGGGAUGUUGCCCCAUGAAAAUGGACCCCUGGGGGAGCUUCAUUAACAUGCCGCCUUGAGGAGGGCUGACUCCUCUCCUCUGUUGGUUCUCCCGUAUGGCGAUGGGUGCUUGCUGUCCCCUAAGUGACAAUGAGUAGCUGUGGCUCAGCCCAGCCCCUGGCUUCACUUGGUCCUUCUGCUUGCCCUCUGUGGAGGGAUCUGCCAAGCCAGUGUCUUGGACCACUAGAUUGCUUCCUCUCUUCCCAUGCUUUGGAAUUCUAGGUCACGGAUCUCAGCUCAGAAGGACCAGUAUGUGAUGCCAUCUCCUUCUCUCCUGUUUGUCCCUGUGUGUCAUACAGUGGCAGUUCCCUGGCCCUGGCCAGGAAGCUAACAUAUCUUGUCUCGGCCACUUUCUCCUCAGGAACCAGCUGGCAAUGCCUUGUUUGUAAGGCGGGCAGUAGAGUUCAGCACAGGGGUCUAUCUGUGCAUCACUGGGUGGGCUUAGAUAUGCAGCUGGCAUGAUGUGCCUUGUGAGGUGAGGCAGGGAGGCGAGGGACAAAUGAGCUUCUUGGGAGGCUGAGAAUGAUGGAGGCUCUCUGUCCAACCCCCUUCGGGCUGGCUCUGCCAUCAGCCAAAUCAGAGCAUCCAGUGCUCUGGCAUGUGUCGUUGGGUGCAAUGGUGUGAAAGUGAUGGAGGGAGGAAGACUGUGAAGUAGUUUGAGGGGUGAGAGCGGAAAGGAGAAUUAUGUGUAAUAGGGAGAAGAAAAGAAAAGACCUAAGGAGGGAGCAAGGGUGGUGGAGGUGAAGUGCUAACAUAACAUUUAGCAGCCCUUCAGGUUGCUUCAGAGACAUCAUUUGAUAAAGAAUCACUGGUUCUGGGACAUUGAGACCAAGAGGCAGGUACUGAGUCCAGAGCCUAAUUUCUUUGGGGAGAUGGGGCCAUGAGAUUAAAGGAUGUCCUCUGCUGCUGUGUGAGAGAGAGAUGAAGAGAGAGUUUGGGAAGGGGGGUGCGGAGAGUGAAUAAGUAUUGGGAGCUCAGUACAGAGGCUCCUGGGAAAUCUGGGCCAGGGCCAAACUGGGAUUGGCUGCCGCUCCCAUUACUAAGGUGCUGCAGCCUAGGGAGGAAGGAGCAAACACACUUCCGGUCUGUGAUGAGGGAACUUCGGGUCUCUCAGGUUCCUGGGAUUCUGGUCCUGACCCAGACAGAAAUUAACUAUGGUAAAAUAAGAAUGAGAGACAGUGUAGUAGAGUGGAGAGCGCCAGUCUCAGAGACAGGAAGAUUGGGGUUCUUGUCCUGCCUCCAAUUCAUCCUGCUACAUGGGUGAGACCUUGGGUGCGGCACUAAACCUCAGGGCCUGGAGCAGUUUUGGUAGAGGGAGUGAAUGUUUCUGGGAAUGAAGGAUUCUAACUAGUCCUGUGUAUGUUGGGUGGGGUGUCCUGGGAAGGGAGGAGAGGGGCAUGCAGCCCAAUGAGCAUGAGAGAGGGACACAGCUGUGUUAGAAAUUUGUCAGACUGUUUCUUCUUUCCCUAGGCUUUGGGCUUCUCUACUGUCUCACCUACAGAAUAACUUCAGAAGAGCUUGGGCGUCUUAAUAGAGUGGGAACACAAGUGGCCUAGAGGGUGAUAAAAACUACACAGAAGGAACUUGGGAGGAGAGAGUAGAGGGAGAUAAGAAGGGUCACAGAAAGAGCUGGAAAGAGACAAGAGAUCAUUGAAUCCAGCUCUUUCAUUUUAUAGCCAAGGAAGCUUGAGGCCCAAGAAAUGAGUUGUACGGCUAGUUGGUGGCAGAGCUGAGACUUCAAUUUAGAUUUUCUGAUUCUAGACACAACCGGCUUUUAUCACACUACAAAUCUCUCAUCUGCUGAUCAGAGUAAAAAAGGUUAUUUAAAGUUUGCCAAAUAUGUCAACACCCCACCCUAUCUCCUCCUUCCAGCAAGAAGGAAGAAGCCCUGAGGACAAUCUUUUUUCUACACUUUGUUAUAUUAUGUGGGUGUUGAGUUGAAGGUCUGUUGUCUCCUAGCCUCCACCUGUAAAGAUCCCUUGCAUAUUUAUUUGGGCGUGUUACUUAGAAUAUUCCUGAGCUGACUUGGACUUGGGACCGUGAGAGUUUUAUUCCCUUGCAAAUUGCACAAGCCCACUUGUACUCAUCCUCUUGACCUUAGUGCUCCAGCUCCUCCUAAACACCAAAGUCAGCCCACUGGCUUUGUCCAUGCCAAGGCUAGGUGAAUGCCUGCCAGCACGGGCAAUGGGGCCUGGUAUUUGGAUGAAAUUUGUAAUGUUGGCCAGUACAAAAAAUCAGCCGCUCCUCCUUCACCUGCCAACCGUACUUCUCUGAAGAAUUCAAACAUCAUCAGCCUUGUUUCACCAUCAUUUCCCCCCCUAAAGAUUAUGAUGUUAUGAUGUUACUCUGUCUCUACCACCAAAGACUUCUGGAAGUCCCCCUGGAAAGAGUGGGCAAAAUCCCUUUGGUGUCUUGAAGUGCCUGUAGAGGCCAAUCCCCACAAAGCAGAAGGGGCUGCAUUUUUAGUUCCUAGAAACUCCCUUCCUAGUAUCUGACAGUUAAUUCCCUCCUGCAGAAGUCAUCACUACUGAAACUAGGGCCUUUGUGCUCUGGUCCUUGCUCUCUGUGUGUCCUAUCUCUCAGCACUAUGUCCGAUUAGCACUUUCACUGUGAUUGGUCAGGCCACUGGGGUUGGGGCUCACAGCCUCACAUGGAAAGGGGUAGAUGUAUGGAAAAAAGAUGAUAGGUAUAAGUUUCCCUCUACCCUUAUUUUCUUGGGAAGCUUUUAAACAGAAGUAUUUCCCAGAACUUUUUAUUCAACCAGAGAGCAAGUAUCAAUGUAGUCUAAGUUUAGAGAGCUGUAUUUGGUAUUCCAGCCAACAGUUGGCCACUAUAGAUAAGUUACAUUAGCAUUUCUCUAAACUACCCUCAUUUUCAAGGGUUUCUAUCUUAACUCUGCAGACUCACUUCACUCACAGCAAUUACAGCAUUGGGCUUGAGUAGGACUUUUUUAAAAUUGCCUUUAAAAGGGGGGAGGAAAGUUAGAUUGUCCCUUAAAUUGAGACAGCUUUAAAAAGUUGAUUUUUGGAUGUUUGGGAUUACUUAAAAAUCUCAAGAACUCUUUGGGAGAAGUGUUCUGAGUCGAAUUUUAAGGAGGAUAAAAAGAUUGGAAUGAGAUUUUGUAAAAUGUAUGUAUUUGCAGAGGAAAAGUAAGAUUUAAGUAGGCCAUACUGUUAACCUAGCAAAAACCAUCGAAAUCAGCAUCGUGAUUGUUUAUAUUUGUAUGGAGUCACUACAUGAUCUGCUUGAGGUAGGGCUGAAUAUUCAGACCAAAUAUGCGAGGGCAAGGAAAUUGAUCUAUGUCACCAAAGAUUUAAAUUGUUUAUGUUAUCGAUGUGAUUGAGUCAGGAGUUAAUUUGGGAGAUAACUUAGACCAUUGUUUAUUGACUCUAUUAAUUUGUUACUGUCAUGAGGGGGAUAUUAAAAACUUUCAAGAUAGUCCAGUAGCCCAGUAUCUAUCUGAAUAUGGAUGUGAGGUACAUCAACUGGGAAGGGAUGAAACUGUCAGCCUGGGCAAUUGCCUAGAUGCAAGCAAAGUCCUUUAUUGCAGCAAGCAAUUUAGGCAGUCCCACAAGGGGAAACAAAUAAGGGAAGAGUUGGUCUUUUCAUUUCAUUCUGCAGCCUGUUCCUCCCAAAAUUGGUAGUUGGGGAAUGAGCCUGCAUUGAAAAAGUCUUAGGUCAAGUCGAGGUCCAUUUGGAACAAGGCUUAGCUGAAUUCACCCAAACUUGGAUUUCUACUGCUACCUUGAUCAUAUCCUUCAGGUACGAAGCAUGGAGUUGAACUUCACCCUUUAGUCCAAGGCAGGGGUCUCCAGAAUAAGCUUGACAGCUUUCAAUGAGCCAUCAAAGCAUGGAAUAUAUGCCUCUUAUGUUCGACUUCUGAACUUUGGUGGGGUCAACCAAUUGGAAUAUGAGCUGUACCCACAAUUGUCAGUAAUUGCCAUGUGUGUCGCCUUGACCCAUGGAAGCACCCUAAUAGGGGUAAACCUUGAUGACAAGUACCAAGCCCUCAGUGUCAGCCCACGGGGCUGAAAGCAAGUUGAGACACUGUCCAGAGAUAUUGGAAAUCAAGAGCCUUGGGCUAGGAAAAGAUAAGAAUUAUCCUCAUGGAAUUCUAUCAGCAAAAGAACACAAUUAGUAAGCAACAACAAAAAGAAGUCUUGAGGGCCAAACAGGAAUUACUUGAGAAACUCAAACAGCAAUUGGCCCCUGGAUUCACAAGUAGACAAAGAAGGAAGCCCUUUACUUCAACAGAACAUUCAUUUACUUGGAGAUAACUCAGUCCAUUCUAAACCAGAACUUCAGUUAAUAAAACCCUAAAGUGCCAAGACACUUGAUUCUGAAGUAACCCUGGCUAAAUUAACCUCUGAAGCUAUGUACUCCUUAUCUCCCACUCCUUUAGAAAGCCAGUCUGCUCUCUGAGAAGUGGGCUAUGAGGAGGGAGGCACUCUCUUGAAUCUGGCGUCUCAAUGAACAUUUCAGGGAGAGACCCCAGCAAAUUCCAGAAGUCCAAGGAAGCCAAGCUGACCCCAUAGACUGUCUGUUUAAGGAAGACACUGACUCAACUACAGGCAGUUUGGAACUUAGGGAUGUACUGCCCUUUGAAAGUCCUCCUGAACCCUAAAACUCACGCCACCAAACAUGAACUUGCCCUGCAACCCCCAUCCUUCCAGGAAUUAGCAAGUUGAGGUCUCAAGAUUGGAACCCAUCAAGAAGAGUCCAAGCUAUGCAGAAGCUCUACAUCAAUACAGUGAAAUAGGAGAACUUUUGCAUCUGAUAACUUUCAAUGGCUGCCCCUGGGAGUUUCCCAACAUGCUUAUCUCUGAGGACUUCUGGACGGAAGUUUAUCCAGCCCAGGAAGGUCUUCCAGCUGGUCUUGUUUCAACUUCCAAAGGGGCCAUACCAUGAGAGGAAUUGUCAAAUGAUCUUCACUGCAAAGCUUUUACAGAAGGCCCUCGAAGUAUUUAAGAAAAAAUGUAUAUAUUUGCUUUCCUGAGAGGUUCUUUGCCUGUUCCUUCUCUGAGCCAUCCACCUUGCCCAGACUCCUAGAAAAUAUGAGCCCUGACCAUUCCAGCAAUUCAUAGCUCUUUUGAUCAUAAAUUUGCUUGUAUGGACAUUAGCCUGAAGAAUUGGUCCCCCGGGAGGGCAGUAUGCUUCAUAGGUGGAGGCAGUCUUCCCUUAGUCAUUCCUCAGAUGUGCUCUUUGUUGUCACUCUCACACAAUCUAUGAAUGUAAUCUUGUGCUUGAUUCCAUCCCCCUUUGCUUCCCCUCUGAUCUCAUAAAGGUUUUAUUUCUCUUGAUUUUGUUUGUUUACAUAUCCAUGAACUGCCUCUGACUCUGAUUUGCAGCUUUUACCUUUUGUAUGGUAGAUGGAGUGAGUUGAAUGGAGUCAAAUAAAAACAUUACAUUAAAAAAAAAAACCAUUUCUUUCACUCCCACCCUGGGGGAAUGUGGACCUGUGUGUGAUUCUCGUUUGGUAGGAACUAAGAGGGGACCAUCUCCUUCAGGAUUAGAGCAGUUUCUAAAGGGAAACAUAAGACUUACUAAGUCACUCAGGAAUCCUUGUUCCACUGGCAGGUGGCAAGUCCAUGGGCCACUUGUUUAGAUUGAUUUGAGUUGUAUCUUGUAUGCAGUCCUCAAAAAUCUGAUCUGGGCCAGCUUUGGGAUUAAUGACCAAUGUCUUUGUCAUUUACAUCAUGAGGGCACUUUGUCACUGCCAUUAGGGAUUUCAUAAGUGUUUUUAAUUAUCCUUUGCCUUAAAAUCAUAGAACGUGGAAAGGUCUAGAAAUCAUCUAGUCCGUGGGUUCUUAACCUCAAUAGAUUUCAGGGGAUCAAUAAACUUAGAUGGGAAAAAAAGUUGCAUCUUUAUUUUCACUAAUUUAAGCAAAUAGCAUUACCUUCAAUUAAAUCGAAAUAUUCUGAGAGGGGUACAAAGCCUUCACCAGGAAGCCAAAGGAAUCUGUGACAAAAAAAAAAAAUUAAAGGACCCCUGCUCUAGUCCAACCCCUUCAUUGUGCAAUGGGGAAACUGGGUCCUAGCCAGGGACAGUGUUUUACCCAAAAUUAUAUGACCAAUAAGUUGCAGAACUGGAACUAGAAUCUAGAUUCCUUGGCUCCCAGUCCUGUGCUCUUUUGACUUUUAGGCUGCUUCUCUUAUGUUUUGUUAUUUUCCCCAUCACUGCAGUUGCUUGGAUUUUAAAGUAUCUACCCUUUAUGGCUAGACAAGUAGAUCUUUCCCUAGCCAAAGAAAACUAUGUCUAUAAGGCAGCUUCAAAUAUAAUAAAGAUGUGAUGAAAUGA